GAGUGCAUAUGCUGUGCUUCAUCCAUACAUCCCAAUACUAAGUUAUUAGAGGCUGCAGCAGAAGCAAUAUCUAAAUUUUUGAAGAGUGAUAGUCACAAUCUAAAAUAUAUGGGCAUAGAUGCCCUAGGUCGGUUGAUAAAGAUAAGUCCAGAAAUCGCUGAACAACACCAACUGGCCGUGAUUGAUUGCUUAGAGGACCCAGAUGAUACUCUAAAGAGGAAAACCUUUGAACUUCUCUAUAAGAUGACGAAGUCCUCCAAUGUAGAAGUUAUUGUUGAUCGUAUGAUUGAUUACGUGAUAAACAUUAAUGACAAUCAUUACAAAACUGAAAUAGCGUCCAGAUGUGUUGAGCUUGCGGAGCAAUUUGCACCAAGCAACCAAUGGUUCAUUCAGACCAUGAAUAGAGUCUUCGAGCAUGCAGGGGAUCUAGUGAAUAUUAAAGUGGCACAUAACUUGAUGCGGUUGAUUGCUGAGGGAUUUGGGGAGGAUGAUGAUACUGCAGAUAGUCAGCUCAGAUCUUCUGCUGUAGAGUCAUAUUUGCAUAUCAUUGGAGAGCCAAAGCUGCCAUCUGCAUUUCUACAAGUACAUUCUCUUCUAUCUAUGUUUUAUCUUCUUUUUGUUCUUUCCCUCUGCAUACAGGUUGACAUGGUUUGGGAUAUACUUCUUGUAUUUGUUGUUUUAUUUCUUAGUUUUGAGUUACAGGAUAAUUUGUUGGGUCUUUGGGGAAAUACGGAACCACAGAUAGGAAGUAUUCAGUCUCUUAUAUCACUGGGAAAUUAUGUGAUCUGGCAGAAGCAUAUUCCAGUGAUGAUGACAUUGUCAUGAUAAAUAUAAAAGCAUUUGAUAUUUAUUGUGGUUGGAUCUUGGUGCAAUUGAUUGAGAUCCCUUAAGUAAUCUAAGAACUGAAAAAGGAAAAACUACCAACUUUGAAUCUCUUCAAUAUGCACAUGCAUAUAAUUGAUUAUAAUUUAUUGAAAGGAGUGUUUCUUUGAGAUUUGAUACAAUUGAUUUUUUUUUUUUUGACAAAGUAAUACAAUUGAUGAUUUUAUUGCCUUGCACUCAUUUCUUUUCUAGUUUGAACUUGUACUGAAUUUUUUCUUCCUUCAAGGCAUAUGCAGUUACAGCACUUAUGAAAAUAUACGCCUUUGAGAUAGCAGCUGGGAGAAAAGCCGAUGUGCUACCUGAGUGUCAAUCUUUGAUUGAAGAAUUAUCAGCAUCCCACUCAACAGAUUUGCAGCAACGUGCAUAUGAGCUCCAAGCAGUCAUCAGCUUAGAUGCUCAUGCUGUUGAAAGCAUUAUGCCACUGGAUGCAAGUUGUGAAGACAUUGAGGUUUUUUUUGAUAUCUUAAAUAUAGGCAGUGUUUGACAAGUUGGUUUUUGGGUUUUUUUUUGAUUUUUUUCACUGCAAGACAAAUGUUUUGCAAAAC